CAAUGCAGUGUGUUUGUGUUUGUCAGUAUCUUCCUUUCUAGUAACUGAAUUUGUAAUUUUUAGGGUUUAGGGUUUAGGAUCUUCACCAUAAAAUUGGAAUUGCGCAGUUAAAUCAAUUUGAAUGAGCCAGCUGCAAUGGAAAUGGAAUAGUGCUUGGGAAGAAGAGGCGCCUGUUUGGAAUCCGUGAUUUCCGAAGUACUCAGAGGUUAGGCCGGCGGGGGAAGCUAAUUAAAUUGAGCAAUGACCACCGCUCUGGCGAUAUUCCUCUCCGCCGCGGCGGCGGUCGUCCUUGCCAUCGCCGUCACUUCACCUGCUCUACUCAACAACUUCCGCACUCAAUUCUUAUUUCCAUCCCGAGAAAUGGCGGAUUUGGUGGUGACAAAUGGGACUAUAUACACGGCGGACGCCGCCGCACCUUUUGCUGAUUCCAUGGCGGUUCGCGGCGGUCGGAUUCUCCGAGUUGGCAACUAUUCCUCCGUUCAGGGUUUGGUUGGAUCCGCAACUAAAACAUUGAAUCUGCAGGGGAAACUGGUGGUUCCUGGAUUCAUUGAUUCUCAUGUGCACAUGGUUGCUGGAGGAUUACAGAUGGCUCGAGUUCAGCUCCAUGGAGUCAACCAAAAAGAACAAUUUGUGGAAAGGAUUAAAGAGGCAGCAUCAAAUAUGCAACCGGGAUCCUGGCUGCUGGGUGGUGGUUGGAACAAUGAUCUAUGGGGAGGAGAGCUACCAACAGCAUCAUGGAUUGAUGAUAGUACUCCACACAAUCCUGUUUGGCUGACAAGAAUGGAUGGCCACAUGGGCUUGGCCAAUUCAGUUGCACUAAAAACUGCUGGAAUAACUAAGUCCAUGGUCGAUCCAGAUGGCGGAGCUGUGAUUAGAAACAAUAAUGGAGACCCGACUGGUUUGCUGGUUGAUUCAGCAAUGGAACUUGUCCUUAAGUAUGUUCCAGAAGUCUCAGUGGCGGAGAGAAGGGAAGCUCUUUUACGAGCUAGUGAAUAUGCUCUGACUAAAGGUGUCACUACAGUUGUUGACGUUGGCCGUUAUUUUCCGGGUGCAUCACCCGAAUCCCCAUGGGAAGACUUAUCAGAUGUUUAUAAAUGGGCCGAUUCGUCAGGGAAGAUGAAGAUUAGAGCUUGCUUGUUUUUUCCAAUGGAGACAUGGACACGAUUGCAUGAACUUGUAAAGAGCGAGGGCCAUAAAUUGAGCCAAUGGAUUUAUAUAGGCGGCAUAAAGUCUUUUGCAGACGGAUCUUUGGGAUCUAACAGUGCACUGUUUCAUGAGCCAUACAUCGAUGAAUACAACAAUUUCGGCUUGCAAGUGACGGAUACGGACACACUUUAUAAUGCAACUAUCUCUGCGGAUAAAGCUGGCCUUCAGGUUGCUAUUCAUGCCAUAGGUGACCGGGCCAACGACUUGAUCUUAGACAUGUAUAAAUCAGUGGCUACGAAGAAUGGGGAUAGGGACCGAAGAUUUCGGAUCGAGCAUGCUCAGCACUUGGCUCCUGGGGCUGCAGCUAGAUUUGGCGAACAAGGAGUCAUUGCCUCUGUGCAGCCUGAUCAUCUGUUAGACGAUGCUGAUUCUGCCGCCAGAAAACUCGGGGUUGAGAGGGCGAAUCAAGAGUCAUAUUUAUUCCAAUCACUGCUUUCUUCCAACACACAGCUGGCCCUCGGCUCUGACUGGCCAGUUGCAGACAUAAAUCCUUUAGGUAGCAUAAAGACGGCGAUGCAUAGAGUGCCUCCCGGCUGGGAUCAUGGUUGGAUUCCAUCCGAAUGUAUUAGUCUGCACGAUGCGCUGAACGGGUAUACGAUUUCUGCUGCGCGGGCGAGCCUCCUUGAUGCGGACGUUGGAUCGCUGUCUCCCGGUAAAAUGGCGGACUUUGUGGUGCUAUCUGCAACAGGUUUUCACGACAUGGAAAUGGACAUGGACGCAAAUUUUGUGGAGGCUACGUAUGUUGGAGGAUUACGGUCUUAUUCCUAUCAAAAUAUUUGAAUUUGAAUUUGAAUUGAAUUUUGCGAUGAUGACCGUUGUCUUUCUACUGUUUCUUAAGGAGGCAUUAUAGCCGUUAUGUAUUUAAAAUAUUGAAUUCAAUAUUCAUAUAAUGUGUUGUUGGUUUA